GAGAGAGAGAGGGAUAGAGGGCGAGAGGAGAGAGUGUGGUGUGUUUAAGCGAGCCGCGCGACCUAACAGGAGUGUGUGUGUGUGUGUGGAGGGUGCGUGUGUGUGUGUGUGGGGGUGUGUAACCCGAACAUGCUGAGAAAGUUUCUCCAAACUGCGUGAAAGUCUGCAAAGCGGCGCUUCGACAGAACCGCCCCGCUCCGCUCUCCGCUCCGCUCCGCGCGACUCCCCGGGACCCGCCGGCUGCUCCACAUCUGGACCAUCUCUACCAUGGGUAGUAAGACUCUUCCUGCCCCCGUGCCUCUCCACCCAUCCCUCCAGCUGGCCAACUACUCCCUCCUCCAGACAUCCAGCGGCUUCCAGCUGCCUGCUGACCCCAUGCCGGGUGUGUACAGCUUCAGUGCCCUGCAUGCCGUCCACCUGCACCACUGGACGCUGGGCUACCCGCCAUUUGCCCUGCCCCGCUGCACCUUCUCCAAGCUGCCUGGGCUGGUGGACGCCCGCUUCCCGCUGCCGUCCAUCCCCCUGCUGCCCCAGCUGGUCCACCCGGCCAAGCAGGACUCCUCCCCUGGGUCGGCCAAAAGCAAACCACGCUUCGACUUCGCCAACCUGGCGGCAGCUGCCACCCAGGAGGACCCGCUGAAGGCCGAGGAUCUGAGCGUGAAUGGCGGCGUGAACGCGCAUGCUCGCGGCCCGUCCCUGGGCUGCCUGCUGGAUGCGGCGGCCAAGCUGUCAUCGCCUGAGAGGAAGCCCAGCCGUGGCCGGCUGCCUUCCAAAACCAAAAAGGAGUUUGUGUGUAAGUUCUGCGGCCGUCACUUCACCAAGUCCUACAACCUGCUGAUCCAUGAGCGCACGCACACGGACGAGCGGCCGUACACCUGCGACAUCUGCCACAAGGCCUUCAGGAGGCAGGACCACCUCAGAGACCACCGGUACAUCCACUCUAAAGAGAAGCCGUUCAAAUGUCAGGAGUGUGGAAAAGGUUUCUGUCAGUCCAGAACACUCGCAGUCCACAAAACGCUCCACAUGCAAGUCAAAGAGUUGAAGCCGGCCAAGAUAAAGUGAGGUCAGCCGUCUCAGCCAAUGGGGACGCUGGAAAGCCAAUGACCCGAGGACAGCGGCCACUAGCAAAGCCAGGCCAAAAGAGACUACUUCAACAAGACUUGAGCGCACGGGCUUUAACUGAAUAUACCAAAAAUAUGGAUUUAUCCCAAAGCAGGAACAAAACGGACCGUUCCGAAGUCGUUCCGAGCCGGUCGGACCUAAAAAGCAUCAGCAUCCUGGAUUUAUGGAUUUUCAGUCUCGACGCUGAUGGACUCGGAUUCAGGGUGUCAAACCUCAAAUGGAUCAAAUCCGGACUCAGACGCUAAUGUAUAAAAUGUGAUUUCUGUCGAUGCUCUUAGACCGCCGACAGAUCCGUCAGUUUUCCGGUUGUUGACUGUUGGGGACUGUGCGAUUGUUGAUGAUAAUGAAGACCAAAUCCAGCCUAUGGACCUUCUCUGAGUUCAGACAAUCAUUAAAUAAAAAACCAAAGCAAUAAGGUUGUGAAGUAGGCGACUAUCCAAAGACACAUUCCGAUCUUGUAUUUUUUUAUGUACAGAUUUCCUUUUUGUAUAACUGUUAUUUGGCACUUUAAUCAGUUUAUUGAUUAUUUACAUAUAUCACUGGAUUCCUUAAACUUAUUUUAAAAAAUAAAUAGUCAUUUUCUUAA